UCAAGGUUUGAAGACAAUCGACCAAAGGAAUUUAAUACAGAGCCACUGCCAUAUCAGCCUCAAUAUUUCAAAUCUUCCACGAUGUUGAAGAAAGUGUCCAUUCCUAAACGUCACCAAGAUACCUUUGGUGGUAAAGAAGUGGCUAUGACAAGACAGAAAGAAGUAAUCAUUCAUACAGAAAGAUACCAGAGAGAGUCGCCAAUGUUUGGUAUUGGAAAAUGGGAUGUUGAAUCAGACAAGAAUCCUCCAGUGCAACCACCACUGCCCAUUUUGUCCUAUGUGCAAACUCCCAAUCUGCAAGUGACCAAGAACACAUACAACUUUAACAAAAUCCGGCAGCAGUACAAUCUUAAUAGGGAGUCACAACGAGAGCGACACCAGGCAGAAAAAGAUUAUGUCGAAUCUAUGAGGGGGUUAAAAAGAAAAAGAGAAGUUCUACCACACAGAGCUCCUCUAGAUUUACUUAUGGGUGGAAAAAGAGCAGAAUUCAAUGAAAGAGAAAGCAUAACAGAUGAAUUAAACAGGCUAAAAAGUAUAGUUUUGCCAGCCAAUGCCAGGGAUCUAUACCAUGGUAGAGGAAUCAAGUUACCUGCUCAACAUGCCUCAGUGAGUCCAAGACGCCCCAUGCCUCCAGAUGAAGCAAUGAUUACAACCUCGGCUCCUGCCACUCUAGUUCGGGUUCCAGUCUCUCACCAACCUUCCAAGUUGUCCCGAAAAUCCAAUACUUUCAUUUCUCAAAAACCCAAGAAAAAGACUCUUGCAGUUAUACCUCCUAUCAAACGCCAGGCAACUGUGCCCGAGGCCAGACCUGAAUUUAAGCCUGACCCCCAACCCCCUGUCAUAGCCAAGAAGGAAGAAACUGUAGUUAUGAGAGAGCCGUCUCCUCCAUCUUCUCCAUCUCCAGUAGCUGAGUACAAUCCCAUAUUAGGGGUAUUAGACCCCAGCAGACAUUCUUCCAGUAUAGCUCCAAGGACGCCACGGGUUCCAGUCCACAGUGACGAUGACGAUCUACAUGAUCAUGAUCAUAAUAGAGGACCGAGUAGAACACUGCCGCGUCCCAGUUUGGAAGUUCAACAAACAGAUGAGGAUAAAAUGGAGGUGGACCCACCACCAGAGGACACCACUGGCCAGAAAACGCCAGAAUCUGGCCCCGCAGCUCUUAAAUCUACUACUCCUAACCCACUGAAGGGGGUAGAUUUAACUUCUGCUGUGCCUCAAGAUCAAAGAGAGGAGUUGGAGGUUGUUUUCAAGAAUUUAGAUACAGAUAAUGAUGGACACCUUAAAUAUAAUGAAGUAACCAAAGUACUUCCACAGGGAUUGUCCAAUGCUCAACAAAGAUACAUAAAACAGGUGUAUGACAUCACCAGUGCCAGUACCUUCUUUGGGGUUGAUGAAUUUGUGACGCUCUCUUGUUUGUGCCAAAAGAUGGCAACACUUAGUGGUGCUGCACAAGAUUCCUAUGAGGGGCUUGAUUUUGCUACACUACAGACGUCUGUCCUUCAGUUUGUGAUAUAA